CUGCUUGGCAAACAACAUGUGGGUGUGGCUGGAGUCUAUAUUAAAAGUGGGGGUAAUGAAAACGAAAGUAUUUCAAAGUAGGGCAACAGAAUGGCGUCUGCAAUUCAGUCUGAUGAAAGUGUGUCAGAAAGUGAAAGUCAAAGUGAAUCUGACGAACAGUCGGAAAGUGACGGGAAUUCCAAUAUAGAAGCUGAUUGUCAGAUUCAAAGGAAAACGCACUGCAAGUAUUACAACAAGGGUGGCUGUCGGGAUGGUGAGUCGUGCCCUUACCGGCACGUCUGCAAGUAUGCCCUGGCAGGAAACUGUCGCUACGGGAACAAGUGUAAGCUGGUCCACCCCAGAGGUGGAAGACAGUCGUCUGGUGCGAGUGACAGGGCUUCGGACCGGUCAACGUCUAGUGACCCUAAGCUUACUGAUGGCCGAUGCUAUCAGUGGCAGCUGAACGAUGGAAAUGGCUGGAAGGAUGUCAGUAAUGAUCAUAUUCUUGAGGCCCAGUACUCAUUGCCCCACACCAGAAGCAUUAAAAUCUACAACACACCAUAUGGGGCAUUGAGUAUAGAUUUUAACAGGAUGAGAGUGAUUGGAAAGCCUCUGAGAGUUAGACGUUUGGAUGACGGGAACACUGUGUGGAUCUGGUACUGCACAUUGAGCCGGAAGUGGAUCAAGUAUGGAGACAAGGGUCUGAAGGGCAACCCCAGUCCUGUGAAGAGCUCUGACAUAGAGAAAAAGUUCCAGAGUAACCCAACAAGCUCGUAUACUUUCACCCUUGGUGCCAAAACCUUAGAGAUUAAAUUCAGAGAAAUGCGACAGGUGAGUACAAAGAGAAAGAGGAAAGUCACUCGCCGACCACAGUACAGACAACAGUCAGCAGGAGCAGGAGUUUCUCAAGCGACCUCAGCGCUCCAGAAGGUUUCUCUGGGCACCAAAGCCCAGUGGGAGUUUGAGGGAGACAGUGGAGCAUGGCACGUCUUCAAACGCAGGCAGAGCGGGACUUCAACUGAAUGCUCAGUAACCAGUGAUGACAUUGAGAGGAAGUUCAUACAGAACCCCCGGGACAGCUUUACCUUCACAGUGAAGGGACACUCCUACAAGCUGGACUUUGGAGCGAUGACCCAAACCAACCUCAAGACCAAGCGUUUCCGCAAAGUCAGACGUGUGAUGGUGUAAGCAUUAAAGGGAAUUUCAAAGACCCUAAGAAGAAAGUCUACAAACAAUUGUGCAAUACCAUAUUUAUACAUUCAUUGUAAUCUGAGAUUUAUCACUUUGGGUGUUUGACUCUAUGUUGGCCUCUAUAUGGGACACCUUUAAUGCUGUUUACAUUAGAAAGGAAUUUGGGAUAUGAUUAAAUUUUGCUCAAGGCUGUUUUUUUUAACAUUGUUGCCAAAGGAGAUUGUGUCAAAAGGCUUUGAAGUUUACCAACACCUCAGUGCUGCCUGAGAUGAUGUACUGUACUAAAUUGCACACUGCCAUACGGAUGAUGCUAUAGACAAACACUCGUGGAAUUAUCAGAUAUUUCAUGUCCCAUUUAUUCUGCCACAUAUCACUGCCUCUUCUGAUAUACCCUAUGUAAUAGAUUAGAGCCUAAACCAAUGCAAAUUAAGGCCUUUUCUAAACAGCU